AUGAGUAAGGUGUCGUUUAGGGCUCGGGCGCUGGACGCCACGAAGCCUAUGCCUGUUUACAGAGCCGAUGAAAUCCCAGAUUUGCCUGAUUUUGCAACCAUCAACAGAUCCGUGCCGCAAAUGCCCACGGGAAUGGAAAAAGAGGAAGAAACGGAACAUCAUCUUCAAAGGGCAUUAUCGGCACAGCAGGUCUAUGGUUCUUCAGAAAAGCUGGUUAUUCCAAUUCCAGAGAUCCAGGAUAUUGGUGAAAGAUAUGGAAUACUCUACAAAGAUGAUUUCAAACUUUCUAAACAAUAUAUCCACAUCCAAGCGUUUGGAAUGGACCAGGAAAUUCCUGACUAUGACAUGGAUAGUGAGGAUGAAACCUGGAUGAAUGAACAGGCUAAGAAAAUGGAAAUAACACCUUUGAAAUUUGAAGAGAUGAUGGAUAGGCUAGAGAAAGGGAGUGGUCAACAGGUUGUGACGUUACAGGAAGCUAAACUGUUAUUAAAAGAAGAUGAUGAUCUCAUUAUAGCAGUUUAUGAUUAUUGGUUAAAUAAACGCUUAAAAACACAACAACCUUUGAUACCUCAGGUGAAAACAGAAAAACGAGAUGGAUCAACUACAAAUAAUCCUUAUGUAGCUUUCAGACGGCGAACUGAGAAGAUGCAGACUCGAAAAAAUCGCAAGAAUGACGAAUCAUCUUAUGAAAAGAUGUUGAAGUUAAGACGUGAUUUAAAUCGAGCUGUAACUUUGUUAGAAGUGAUCAAACGUCGAGAAAAAUCUAAAAAGGAAAUUUUACAGUUGACCAUUGAAGUCUUAGAGAAAAGAUAUCAUGCAGAAGAUUUUAAUGGUACGUUAUUAUCAGAAGCUGAAGCUGAAAGAAGUAAACAUCCAUCAUUUGUUCCACCAUUCAUCAUUCUGACAAAAAGUCUAAAUAUUUUAAAAUGUCUUAUAUUACAGGAGGAUAUAGCUCCAGUUCCUCAUAAAAAGAAGAGAACUUAUAGAAAACGUAAACAGGCAGCACAACAACCACCAUCAAUAUCACAAACAGCCCAAUCUGCUACAUCAUCUUCACAUUAUGAUCUGGAUGGUUUACAUCAUGAUUUAGAUAGUUCCGAAGAGGAAGGACUCUCUCCUGGAAUGUCACAAUCUGAUCAUGAAGAUGAGAAUGAUCCAGAUGGUCCUUAUGCCUUCAAAAGACGGAAAAAUUGUCAUUAUUAUGCUCCAUUGUUAAAUCGUCUAGGCAACUGGCCAUGGUCGAGUAAAGAAGAAGGCGGUCUCGGUGAUAAAAAAUAUCGUUAUUCAUUAUUAUCUCUACCUCAACCUAGAAACUGUGUUGGUUAUGCUCGACGGAGAGUGGGGCGUGGUGGCAGAGUGUUGAUAGAUAGAGGUUAUACACCAUGGGAUGAUACGCUAGACAGAAUGGAUUUAAUAACUCCAGGUCAUAGUGUUACAUCUAAAAACUCAGAAUACAUCACCUAUAUUAGAGAAAGAAAAAUGUAA